AUGGCGUGUUCGGUGUGCUCAGACCCAGCAGCAGUCGGCUCCUCGCACCAACAUGGGCUGCAGGGUUAUUGGAGACCUUCAGCCCUGAGGACCAGGAACCAGCGGGACCAGGCUGAGCUCCAGGCUCCGGCCAUGCCACCGGCCGCGGAGCACGUGCCUUGGCGCUGGCUGGCAGCAGGGAGGGCAUCACGGAGGCUGGUGCUACUGGUGGUGUUUGUGGCGCUGCUGCUGGACAACAUGCUGCUGACGGUCGUGGUACCGAUCGUCCCCACCUUCCUUUAUGCAACAGAAUAUGAAGGCACCAACAGCUCUGCUGCUCCAGCUCAGACUGAAACGGCUCCUCCAGCCCUGAAAGCUCCUCCUUUCUCCUCUAUGUUCUCCUAUUUUGAUAACACCACGGUGACUGUCUUGAUCUCCACCAGUGCUGUGGAGCUGGUGAAUGGGACGGAGAGCAGCAUCCCACUGCAGCCCCCUGCAAGCAUCCCACCAUCACCGAGCAGCUGCCCAGGCGGUGAGGAGUUCCUCACCAAGGAAAACACCCGUGUGGGGCUGCUGUUUGCCUCCAAGGCUCUGGUACAGCUGAUGGUCAACCCGGCCGUGGGUCUCCUGACCAACAGGAUAGGAUACCACAUCCCCAUGUUCAUUGGAUUCGUCAUCAUGUUCCUCUCUACCAUCAUGUUUGCCUUCUCAGGCACCUACACCCUGCUGCUCAUCGCCAGAGCCCUCCAAGGCAUUGGGUCAUCGUUCUCAUCAGUCGCAGGCUUGGGCAUGCUGGCCAGCGUGUACACGGACGACUUCGAGAGGGGCAACGCAAUGGGCAUCGCUCUUGGAGGCUUGGCCUUGGGUGUGCUGAUCGGGGCCCCCUUUGGGAGUGUGAUGUAUGAAUUCGUGGGGAAAUCGUCUCCCUUCCUGGUCCUGGCAUUCCUCGCCCUGUUGGAUGGAGCUUUGCAGCUCUGCACACUGCAGCCCUCCAAGGUCUCCCCUGAGAGCACCAAAGGCACACCAGUGCUCACCCUGCUGCGAGACCCCUACAUCCUGGUUGCUGCAGGAGCCCUCUGCUUCUCCAACAUGGGGGUGGCCAUGCUGGAGCCCACCUUGCCCAUCUGGAUGAUGCAAACCAUGUGCUCUCCAAAGUGGCAGCUAGGGAUGGCAUUCCUCCCUGCCAGCAUAUCCUACCUCAUCGGCACCAACCUCUUUGGGAUUCUGGCUAACAAAAUAGGCCGGUGGCUGUGCUCCCUGAUCGGCAUGGCUGUGGUGGGAAUUAGUCUCCUUUGUGUACCUCUGGCCAAAACGAUUUAUGGGCUGAUUGCCCCGAACAGCGGGCUUGGCUUUGCCAUAGGCAUGGUGGACUCCUCAAUGAUGCCCAUCAUGGGCUACCUCGUGGACCUUCGCCACACCUCCGUCUACGGCAACGUCUAUGCCAUAGCUGAUGUCGCCUUCUGCAUGGGCUUUGCCAUUGGCCCAUCCACAGGCGGUGCGAUCGCACGAGCUAUCGGCUUCCCCUGGCUGAUGGUCAUCAUCGGUGUUAUCAACAUUGCCUAUGCUCCUCUGUGCUGGUACCUGCGCAACCCUCCUGCUAAAGAGGAGAAGAUUGCAAUCUUAAGCCAGGAAUGCCCCAUGCAAACCAAAAGCUACACGGCCCAGAAAACCCUGCGUGAUUUCCCUCUCACAGACGACAGCGAUGUGGAGGCAGAACAUGCGGAAUAGCACAUGCAAGGAUGUGUGCCCUGUUUUGAAGCUAAUAUUAUGUUUACAAAAAAUGGAUGUAUCUGCACCCAGGAAUAACCCAGGCUCCCCCAAGGCUUGUGGACACAGCCUAUGUCACUGACCUGUUCCCUUGGCCAAGCAAACCAUAGCAGGGAGCAGAGACCUGGGAUUUGGAGGCUCUAUUUGAUUCGUUAAGCUACUCAAUUGCUCCGUGACUUCUAGGCAAGUAACCCAAACUCAACACAUCUCAUCUGUACA